AUGCCUCGAAAACUAUCAGCCGCAGCUUCAAUGUGCCUCUUCUGGGCGUUCAUCGCGUGUGGCAUCAGCUUCUUCGCGCCGUACUGGCUCCAAAACCAACUCGCCAUUUUGGACCCAGCGAGCAAGGGUGAAUACAGAUCCAAUGAUUUCAUAUUCCAAACCAAGUUGGAUCCCUCGAUACCUCUAUCUAGAGGACUGUGGGCCAUUUGUUACGAUGUUUGCCAGGGGUUCUGGGCCGACGGCUAUGUCUUGCAGAUUAAUCUGUUCACGAAUUCAAAAUGGCACAUAGCGACGCAGGUCCUAUAUUUCGUCGGCUGUGCCCUCCUCCUUAUGUGCGAGGUCUUCGGGAAAUUUCAGCUGGCGUGUAGAGAGAACAGGGCUUCCUAUCGAAUUCUUGGCUUCGGACUCAUGUUUUCAGUCAUGCUGCAGGUGGCCGCCAUAGCAGUUUUCGGUGGAGGAGCUUACAAUUCCUAUGCAGCAGCAUCUGUCACGAGGCCCAGAAAUGCUGGUGACUAUUAUUUUGGCUGGGCAUACUGGAUGGCCAUUCCAGGCGCCAUUAUGACUUUAUUUUCGUCCAUUCUUUACAUUAUUUGUGAUUUUUGGGGAUUUAGGGAUAAACUUUGA